AUGAGAGCUUGUGGUAACGGAGCCGUGCAUGUGUGUGUGUCCACAGCCUGUAAGCGGAAAGAGGAGGACCGAGGGCGGGAGCGCAGCCAGGUGCCCAAGAAGCAGCGGCUUGUGUUCACAGACCUGCAGCGGCGCACGCUGGUAGCCAUCUUCAGAGAGAACCGGCGGCCGUCCAAAGAGAUGCAGAUGACCAUCUCCCAGCAGCUGGGCCUGGAGCUCUCCACUGUCUCCAACUUCUUCAUGAACUCCCGCCGCCGCUGCACGGACCGCUGGGACUCAGACGAGCACGGCCACGUGCACGGCGUGCACGGCCACGUACAUGCGCAUCACGGGAACAACAGUGCGUCACCCAUCCAACCCGGAACCUCAUCUGCGACCACCUUCUCCAAAGCCUGA